CACACGCGCGCGCGCCUGCACAUUGCACAACCGAACAUGAUGGCGGCUGUUGUUGUCCGGAGGUUAGCGGCUCUGUCCGGGGCUUCGGCGGUGGCCGCGGGGGCGUACGGAGCUCACGGUUUCAAAAACAGCGACCCGGAUGACUACCAGAGAGUGCUGUUUGAAACCGCCAACAAGUACCACUUCUACCACAGCCUGGCCCUGCUGGGCGCCGCGCACUCUGGCAAGCCUGCUGUGGCACCACCACAUCGGGGCGCGGGGCGUUGUGCAGGAUCCCCGGGCCAGAGGGUCCGUCUGGGGGGCUUCGGCUCUGCGAAGAAGAAGGAGCACAGAUACUAUUGUUAAUUACACCUCGGGGGACUUCCCCAGCAUGCACCUCAACACGAGCUCCCCCCCUACCCGUUAUUUAUCUAACACAGCACACAGAUUUAAUUACAUCAGCUUCUUCUCCUUUGUGUGUGUGUGUGUGUGUGUGUGGGGGGGGGGCUCCUAGUUCCAUUGAUUUGUUCUUUGUCUGGAGUCUGUUGUGGUUAAAGAUGAAGAGGACUUUGUUGUGCGAGUAAAAAAAUGAGUGGAAAAAGGUCUGGAGUGAGCCCGGCCAUCUCACAUGACCAGGACACACACAAAUAUCUAACCACACACACACACACACACACACACACACGCAAUACAUUGAAGUGCGUGCUGCAUUAUAGACACCCGGGUCUCAGUCAGGUGGCAGAGGGCAUCACACAGGGAAGCAGAAUGGCUCCAAUGGCCUUUUUACAGGCCACUUAAAUGACGGUCAAGUGCUGUCGGACCCUCAGGUGGUUCCCGAUAGUGGGAAGUAUUGUUGUUCGUGCUGCGUAAAUGAUAACUGUCCAUGAUGACACCGUUUACAGCGGUGAAGGAAAGUGAUGGAACACUUUCUCUCUCUGGUCCCAAUAACAGUCCACACAUCUGGACUUGAUUGAACGGUGCAGUGUGUGUGUGUGUGUAGGUGUGUGUGUGUGUGUGACAUCGGGUGUCAAUCAAGUCAAACAGUUUUCUCUAUCAUAUUGUUUUGUUUCCCCCCCCGGAGAUUGUUUGGUGGAGCUGUUGAGGUGUGGUUGUUGUGAGGAUCCUUCCUCAAUGUUUGUUUGUGUAAUACAAUGUGUAUUGGAAGGGAUGUGUUUAGCCCUUAGAACAGCGAGGGGGGGGGGGGGCACUUCAACCUUUUGUGGCUGAAAUGAGUAUAACAACGACAAAACCCUUGACACACAUAAAAAACAAAAUAAAAAAUAAAAAGAUAAA